GACUGAUGAUCCAGCUGCUGUGCGCGCGAGUGUGUUCGCUGACAUGCAUACAACUGCCGUUUACCGUUGAAACUGGACGCAUUACAGUGUUAGCCGUGGCAUCGUUAGACUUUAACCGCGACUAAACUUCUUCCACACGUCCACUCAUGUGAUUUUCUCUUCUUCGAGCCAUGUCCAAGAGCCUGAAGAAGAGGAAGAACCACUGGACCAACAAAGUCCACGAGAGUGCCCUUAACAGGAAUGAGGAGGGGGAGCUGGGGCUGGAGUUGAAGGGCGGCGCAGAGAAUGGACAGUUCCCGGUUAUCGGCGAGCUUCUCCCGGGUAAAGCGGUGUGCCACAGCGGCAAACUCUGCCAGGAUGAACUCCUUCUGGAAGUCAAUGAUACCCCAGUGGCUGGACUCACCACCAGGGACGUCCAUGCUGUGGUCAAACACAGCAAAGACCCAGUCCGGCUCAAGUGUGUCAGACAAGGGGGCGUGAUCGACAAGGACCUGCGUCACUACCUCAACCUGCGAUUCCAGAAAGGUUCAGUGGACCACGAGCUGCAGCAGAUCAUCCGGGAUAACCUCUACCUCCGCACCGUCCCCUGUACCACCAGGCAGCCGAAGGAGGGAGAAGUCCCAGGGGUGGAUUAUAAUUUUGUCACCGUUGACCGGUUCAUUGAGUUGGAGAAAAGCAGAGCCCUGCUGGAGAGUGGAACAUAUGAAGAUAACUUUUACGGCACCCCGAAGCCUCCAGCCGAGCCCAGCGCUCUGAAUGUAACAGACCAGCUGCUGCCGGGCGCCAGACCCAGCUCCGAGGGCAAGAGGAAGCGUAACAAGUCAGUCAGCAACAUGGAAAAAGCCAGCAUCGAGCCCCCAGAGGAGGAGGAGGAGGAGAAACUCAUCGUCAAUGGCAACGGUGUUGCCGUCACCCCAGAGUCCAGCGAACAUGAGGACAAGAGCACGGACGCUUCGGGGGACACCGCCCCCCAGAGUACCCCAGCAGAGGUGUCCAAAGAGGACGGGCAGUCCCCGAAGACAGCGGUGCCCAAAGCGGAGGAGAAUGACGAGCUAGGGCCCCUGCCGGAUAACUGGGAGAUGGCGUACACAGAGAAAGGAGAGGUCUACUUCAUAGACCACAACACUAAGACAACAUCGUGGUUGGACCCCAGGCUAGCCAAGAAGGCAAAGCCGCCCGAAGAAUGCAAAGAGGAUGAGCUUCCAUACGGCUGGGAGAAAAUCGAUGACCCCAUUUACGGCAGCUACUAUGUUGAUCAUAUAAAUAGAAGGACCCAGUUUGAGAACCCAGUCCUGGAGGCAAAGAGGAGACUCCAGCAGCAGCAGCAGAUGCAAAGCCAGGGUCUUUCCUCACUGCCCCUUCCCACCAUCUACAGAGAAAAGCCGCUGUUCACGCGGGACCCCACUCAGCUAAAAGGCAGUUUCUUGUCCACAUCACUCCAAAAGAGCAGCAUGGGCUUUGGCUUCACUAUUAUUGGAGGCGAUGAGCCUGACGAAUUCCUCCAGGUCAAGAGUGUCAUCCCAGAUGGACCCGCCGCAGCUGAUGGAAAGAUGGCCACAGGAGACGUCAUCGUCUACAUCGACGACGUGUGCGUCCUGGGUACCACCCACGCUGAUGUGGUCAAACUCUUCCAGUCAGUACCCAUCGGGCAAAGCGUGACCCUUGUAUUGUGUCGUGGCUACCCCCUGCCAUAUGACCCGGAAGACCCCAUGAACACCAACAACACCACCACCACCAUCAUCUCCCCGCUGGGCAUCAUGGAGCAACGCCCCAUCAUGAUGAACGGCAGGACGGGCUACGAAAACUACUUGGACUAUCUGAGCCGUACGGCACGCUUUGUGGCAGACCCCAGUCAGGACCAGGUAAACGCCCAGCAGCAGCUUCUCGCCACUCACCCAGGUGACACCCACUUGGACGGCUCACUGGUCGCCACCACCGAAACGACGCCUCCGGACAGUGUCUCCAUGGCAUCAUCGGGCGCAACCCAAGGGGAGCUGCUCACCCUGUCGAUGGUAAAGGGCACAGAUGGUUUUGGGUUCACAAUUGCGGACAGCGUGACGGGCCAGCGCGUUAAACAAGUCCUAGAACCUCAGGGCUGCCCGGGCCUGUGCGAGGGCGACCUGAUUGUGGAGAUUAACAAGCAGCUGGUGCAUGGAUUCACACACACGCAGGUGGUGGAGCUGCUGAAGGAGUGUCCUGUGGGAGCCGAGACUAGCCUGGUGGUCCAGAGAGGUGGAACAGGUCACUAUUCACCAUGGAAGACCCCAAAGCAGGUGCUGGAGCAGUGGGAGUCCCAGCAGGGCCAGAGCAGCCCAGCUCAGACCAGCCUGUCGGCUCCUGUUAUCUCCCACAGCAUCCCUUUCCCAGCACACCAUCUUCACAGGGCCUCGGUCCCGGACUCAGCCUCCGAGGCCUUGGCACUGGCUAAACCAGAUCCAUAUGACCUAUUUGAGAAGUCCAGAGCUAUCUAUGAGAGUAGGCAAACCAGCCAGCCGAGGAGUGUUUUUCCUGUGGAUUCUUCAGGAGCGGAGUACCAAAACAUCGAGGUGACCCUGCGCAGACAGAAGUCCGGGUUCGGCUUCCGGGUACUGGGCGGUGAUGAGGCCGGGCAGCCCGUGAGUCCAGACACGCGUGAGAAGAUCCUGAUUGGGGCAAUCAUUGAGAAGAGUCCCGCGGAUGUGGACGGGCGGUUGCGGCCUGGCGACGAGCUGCUGUUUGUGGACGGGAUCCCGGUGGUGGGAAAGCCGCACAGAUACGUCAUCGACCUGAUGCACGGGGCGGCGCGAAACGGCCAGGUCAAUCUGGUCAUCAGGAGGAGGAUCCAGGCAGUAGGCGAGUCUUGUCCAGAGAACGGUCGCAGCCCGGGCUCCGUCUCCACGCAGCACAGCUCCCCACGCAGCGACUUCACCUACGCCAACAGCACCAACACGAGCCAAGCUCCCAACACCAGCAUGAGCAACACCACCGCCGCUUCGGACAGGGCGUCGGCCGCCAACGCUCCACCCAGUGACGUGGUCAUUAACCGAAAGGAGAGCGAAGGCUUCGGUUUCGUCAUCAUCAGCUCGCUCAACAGGCCAGAAACAGCUGCCACCAACACCGUACCCCAUAAAAUCGGCCGCAUCAUCGAGGGCAGCCCGGCCGACCGCUGCGGGAAGCUGAAGGUGGGAGACCGGAUACUGGCGGUGAACGGUCAGUCCAUCGUCAACAUGCCGCACGCUGACAUCGUGAAGCUGAUCAAAGACGCAGGCCUGACUGUCACCCUGAGGAUCAUCCCGCAGGAAGAGAUUAGCAACCCUCCGUCAGCCCCCACCUCAGAGAAGCAAAGCCCCAUGGCUCAGCAGAAGAGCCCUAAAUCCCAACCCAACACCACCCAGUCCAGUCAGGCAGUGACCGAACCACACCAGCCCAACCCAGUGUCCAAUCAGAGCCCAGCAACCCAGCUUCCCGCUCCCCCACCUCAGACCUACACCCAUGAGGGCAGUUACAGGUCUGAGGUGAAGGCGAGGCAAGACGUCAAACCAGACAUCCGACAGCCACCGUUCACAGACUACCGACAGCCGCCGGUGGAUUACCGGCACCCUCCGGUGGCGGAUUACCGGCAGCCGCCCACGCUGGACUACAGGCACCCACCUCUGCUCGACUACAGACAGCUAGCACCCGAUGCGAGGCAGUUCACCAUCCCAGACUACAGAAUGCCACCAGUACAACUUUCGCAGGACUUCGACUUCUUCACAGUGGAGCUGGAGAAAAGCGUGAAAGGAUUCGGUUUUAGCAUCCGAGGAGGCCGGGAAUACAAAAUGGACCUGUUUGUCCUACGACUGGCGGAGGACGGGCCAGCUAUCCGCAACGGGAGGAUGAGGGUCGGGGACCAAAUCAUUGAGAUCAAUGGAGAGAGCACUCGGGACAUGACCCAUGCCAGGGCCAUCGAGCUCAUCAAGUCUGGAGGCCGACGCGUUCGUCUCCUCCUGAAGCGGGGUACAGGGCAGGUCCCAGAGUAUGACAAUGCUGCCCCAUGGGAUGCUCACCCUUCAGCCUCCCCAAGCCUGUCAGAAGUAGCACCUCCCAUCGACAGCCUCUCCAUGUCAUUGCCUUCAUCUCAUCUGGCCCCGGCCCCAGACCCUCCUCAUCUGCCACCUCAGGAUGUCUCACGAGACGCUGUGGCGCAAGAAAGCAGGAUGGGGCCUUCCAAGAGCCCCCAGAACAGAGAUCACAUUAGCCAGGGGAGGAGAGUGCCUGCAAGUGGUGGGAGCGGCAGAGCCAGGAAAGAGGGUGGCAGGUCCACCCACAAAGGGCCCAGAAUGCAGCCCACUACUGAUGGGAGAGGAGGCAAGGAGGGGGGAGGUGGAGAGUCUAAAGCUUCCAGAAACACCAGAGGAAGGUCCAAGGAGAAGAGUACCGGGGACAGUAAAGAUUGCACUCACUCUCCCAGCAGGUUGAAGCUCCCGCAGGCCAACGGGAACAGCAGGGAAGAUGGCGAACGUUGGAAGCAGAUGGAGCCUCAGCUCGCGGAGCUGGACGGCAGCCUGGGAGAGACCCAGCCCAGCCUGCCCGCAAAGAGCAGCAGCAGCGUAGCAGCAGGGAGGAAGGCCACCGUCUCUCCUGGGCCCUGGAAAAUCCCCGGAUCAGACAAGCUGCCCAGCUCACUGCGCACAAACACGUCCACGCUCAGCAGAUAACGUCACAGUGGCCACACUCAUCUGGUCCGAGCCACCAUCCUCACAUCUUCCUCUGCUCCUACCCCCCUUCAUCCUCGUCCUCCCAUAGAGUCAAAACCAAUGAGGGGACGCCGGGUGAUCUGGACCACAUGUUUUUAAAGUUUUAUUUAUAAAACUAUUUUAAAUUAUUUUAAAAAAUAUAUAUUUUACACCCACCACCUUAAAAACUGGAAAAUCAUCCACGUUAAAAAGGAGUGAAUCGUUGUGCUUACUGGCGGAGAAUCAUUUAAAAGGAAUGAAUUUUGGAAAGCUCUUUUCCUUUAGCAGAGCCGGACAGGAAGCAGGAGCCGUUGGACCCUUUUCUACACAUGUACUGUGCACAGUGGAGUCUAUUUUAUGAGGAGGAAUGUUACAAAGACAGUUUGCCUGUUUUUGAUGAGAGUGAAUGAAUCGGAGAUGAAAUCCACUCAUCAGCAGAGCUUUGCCUUAAUAGAGACCGUGUGGGCUUGAAUCAGAUGAUUAUAGACAUAGAUAUAUUAUAAGGAUUACCAAUAUGUGGAAACAUUUUGUAAAUAAGAUCAUCUUCAUAGUGAAGAACCUUAUAGUCAAACUGAUGGGAAUUCUAGUCCACGAAUAAACAAGCAAAGCUGCACGACAUGGACCAGAACCAUCAGCUCCAGCAUCUUUAGCCCUGUGAUUGCAUUUUUUGGGUUUGUAUUCAGCAGAUAUCUCCCAUCAUUUUGUGCUUAAAAAAGCAGAACAAAGCGACGGCGGUGUCCAGCUGGACGCUGAGAGAGAAGCCUGCAUGAUGGCGAUGGAGAGGCAGAGUGCCUUAGACUGACAGUCUGGCUUUUAUGUUCACCUGCAAGAGACUUCAGAGGGUUCAAAACAGGCUGCUAAACCACUCCCACUUCACAGAUAGGAGAAAAAACUAGAUUUUUUCAGUGUGUUGUGGUGAAAUAUAUGAUUUAUUUCACAGGUUUGUGUAUGAAAUAACUUUAACAGCGGUGUUUAUUUGUCCGAGUGACAACUUUUAUCAUUGAUUCCUUAAUGAAACCCGACACUAGUAACUCUGAUAUCUGCACCCAGCAGAGCUUUUCACCAAAUCUAACGAGUAAAACCAACACUGAGUCGUCUUUUUACAACCUUUCUGGUGUGAGAUUGUGUAAACCUGGAUGAAGCAAUGUCUGUAUCUGUCAGGGAAAGACUUCAGGCUGAAUUUGAUCCGUCGUAGGAGGUUCUGUCCACACUGUGCGAUGCUGAGACAUGCAUAUCCGUGCCAAAGCUCAUUAAAGGUAGUCAUUUUAAAGGCAGCAUAUUUUUAUUUAAUCAUGUAACAGCUGACCUUUUGUGAAAACACUUGUCACUUGUUUGGACACACAGGAAGUGUAGACAAGAAAAGGUGAGAGGGAGGAAGGAAGUGAUUUACUGCAAAUGUUCCAGGUUGGAUUUGAACCCAGGACUGAUGCAAAGAAGACGUUGACAGUUUCCAGGUGAGCGACCCAAGUGCAACAUGCGUUUAUGGUUUUUAGUGACAAAACCAAGCAGCAGCUUCUCAUUUAAUGUUUUAUUUCAAUGUUUCCAGAGAAAAAUGUUGAAAGAUUUGAUUCUGAGUUGCAAAACAUAAAACUGGACAAACCAGCUCGAUGACACACAACUAAGUCCUGGAAAAUACAACAAAUCAGAAGACGCAGCAAAUCGAUUAAUGAGUAGUAGAAGCUGCAGUUUCAGGAAUUAGCUAGACUAAGAAAAACUUGAUUUUUAUUAAUAAUCGGUAAUUAUGUCUUAAAAACAGUUUUAGCUCGUUCUAGUCACCAUAUUUCAUUAACCCUAACGGAGCUGGGAAACACCAUCCAGAUAAGUUAUACCUCGCCUACUACUGGAACGAGUGGACACAAGGGCCGGCAGUUUGAUCAUUUUUCAUUUGUUGUUUGUUUUAUUUAUUUAUUAUUAUUUUUUUUAUUUAUUUUCUUCAAUAAAAAUUGGAUAUAGAAAAAAAACAUCAGGCAUAAUCCAGAGUUUGACCUACUCAAAAUGGAUUUAAAAACAAACAAAAUGAGCUAAAUAAAAAACAGACCAUUAAGGGGCACUGUGGGAAAAAAUGAAGGUCCUGAAACUGCCACUGUUUUCGUUCCAGUCCGAUACCAAGUAAAACUCAUGCUGGUGUCAACGAUACCGAUCCAACACCGACACCCUGAACAAAAAUUAAACCGGUCUGGAAAAUCAAAAUAAUCACAUUUGUUUGUGUAGCACAUUAAAAAUUAAUUUCACCAGAGUUAUGAGCAAUAAAAUAUAAAGUGUGUUUGAAACGACGGCGUGACGACCAGCACGACGCUGCGACACUGCCGUUUAUUUCACGACCAUGGCCGGCGGAAGAAGAAAUAGUUCCUACCCACGCUUCCUGUCCACUGUGUUCCUGUUAAUGAUAAACUACAGAUUUACCCCAAAUUACUAAAAACAUAUCAAUAAUCUGAGAACGCUAUCACAUAGACCAGGUAUCGCAGGUAUUGAUGUUUCCGUAUCGCAGGUAUUGAUGUUUCCGUAUCGCAGGUAUUGAUGUUUCCGUAUCGCAGGUAUUGAUGUUUCCGUAUCGCAGGUAUUGAUGUUUCCGUAUCGCUCCACACGCCGUCAGCUGGCCUCCUGUUUGUUGUAUUUUCCAAAAUGCUGCCAUGUUUUAUGACAGCCAGAUUUUUUGUCAUGAAUUUUGCUUUGUUCUCUUUUUCCUGAAUGUACUGUUUGAUUUUCGAAAACACCCCCACAGUUUUGGUGCUUUGUUUUGCACCUCGGGGCCACCGUAGCGGUCCGAUUAAAGACAGACUGAAUCAAAGUGCUGCUGUGCUUAUUCUGGAAACUACUUGUGUAAAUGAUAAACCAACAUGAAUGCAUCUUUUAUACUUUUGGUCUCAGUUUUGGCUAUAAAUAGCUUAAAAACAUCAAAUUCAUGUCAACGAGCAGAAAAUCAAACCUUGACUGGUCUGUUCUUCUUGUGAUGGAAGGAAAUGUGUUUCAGUUUAAAUGUUUAGAAAAAAUGGUAAAUUUCCCCGUGAAGAAUUCAACACUAAAGUUUCCUAAAGCAUGUCAGAGCGAAGGGAGACGUGGAGUCAUUAUGUUUGCCACGAUAAUCUGUAAUUACACAUUGACUAAGCAGUGAUUUUAAAACAGUUAAAAUCAGAGGGUUGGUUCUACAGGUUCUGAUGAGGAGGAGGAGAAACGUCGCGGCUCAGCUCCAGAUGUACAGUUUGACCCGACUUCUUUUAAUACUUUACUACUGUGACAGAAACAAAAACACGUGUGUUUGCACAACGUCACCAGUUUUCACGUCUGAGCUGUUGUCAUCAUUAUUUUUCUAAAUAAAUAAAAAAACAAUAAAAACGGACAUUACAUCCAGCGGAGUGUUUGCAAAGUGUGUGUGUGGAAGCAUACGACACACAACACGGGCCACAGCCCCCGAGCAGCACUCAUCUCUGUGUGGUGUCCCAGCAGUGUGUAGACCCAACAGAUACCUAGAAAUAUGACUUGUUGGUCACAAAGACUGUAUGUGGAGCAACUAUUUUUUAUGAAAUGCAACAUUAUGGAUAUAUUAACUUUUGCAAAAACCUUGUUUACCUGUAUAAUAUAAAGAAACGCUGUCAAAAUAAAAAGAAAACAUUGACAACAUGAA